ACUCUCCCUCAGCUUCCUGUGUCCACCGCCAACAACAACAUGUCGGGGCCCGGUUGCCCGGAGGAAGACGCGAAGCAGAAACUGCUGUGGAACGUGAAGAGAGAGGUGAAACAAAUCAUGGAGGAAGCUGUCACCAAGAAAUUUGUGCAUGAGGACAGCAGUCAUAUCAUUGCCUUGUGUACUGUCGUGGAGGCAUGCCUGCUCUACAUGCUGAAGCGCCGAGCUGCUGGAUUUCUGCGGAGUGACAAAGUAGCUGCACUUUUUACAAAAAUUGGCAAAGCCUAUCAAGUAGCUGGAGAUUUGUGCAAGAAAGUUCAAGAAUUACUGCAACAGGUGGAUAGCAAGAAAAACCAUUCGAAUGAUCAGGACUCUCUAAAGAGGCAGGGAUCAGUAUCCAAGAGCCCAGUUCUUACACCUCAAGCUAUCAAACACAUUUGGGUCCGCACAGCCUUGUUUGAGAAGGUCUUGGAUAAAAUUGUUCAAUACAUUGUUGAUAACUCUAGCAAAUACUAUGAAAAACAGGCUUUAAUGUCUGAUCCAGUCUGUGGACCGAUUCUAGCUUCUCUGCUCGUCGGUCCCUGUGCGUUAGAGUACACAAAACUUAAAACUGCUGACCAUUACUGGACUGAUCCAUCAGCAGAUGAACUCGUGCAAAGACAUCGUAUUCAUGGAGCCCAUGGACACCAGGAUUCCCCAUCUAAACGUCCGGCACUUGGUAUAAGAAAGCGUCACUCCAGCGGAAGUAUGUCAGAAGAUAAAUUUGCAGCUUCAGCAAGAGAAUAUGUGGAGUCAUUACAUCAAAAUUCGAGAACGCAUUUGCUGUAUGGAAAAAAUAAUGUACUUGUCCAGCCAAAGGAGGACGUUGAAACUAUUCCAGGAUACCUCUCACUUCAUCAGUCUGCAGAACAUUUAACUCUGAAGUGGACCCCAAAUCAGCUCAUGAAUGGGACUCUGGGAGAUUCAGAGCUUGAAAAGAGUGUCUAUUGGGAUUACGCUUUAACUGUGCCAUUAAGCCAGAUAGUCUGCAUUCAUUGCCACCAACAGCCUGACAGUGGAGGCACUCUUGUGUUGGUGAGUCAGGAUGGAAUCCAGAGACCUCCACUGCACUUCCCCCAAGGUGGUCACUUGUUAGCCUUUCUCUCCUGCCUUGAAAAUGGACUGUUACCACGAGGACAGCUUGAUCCCCCACUUUGGUCACAGCGAGGAAAGGGCAAGGUAUUUCCGAAACUACGGAAAAGAAACAGCAAAGCCAAAUCUAUGGAUCCAGAAGAACAGCCAGAUGAAGAAAUAACUACAGAUUAUGUAUUCAGAAUAAUUUAUCCUGGACAGAAGAAUGACUAUGUAACUAUUAACUACCACCACUUAGCUGCCAGCCGAUCGGUCUCUGUCGAGGAUGAUGAGGAAGACGAGGAUAGGCUACAUGAAAUGAUUUCUAUGAUCUUCUCACGGAACCUCACAGCUCCUAAAAUGAUGAAAGAUCCUAGUGAAUUGUUGGAAAUACAUGGAUAUAGCACAGCUCAUUUUCCUUGGCAGCUGGGAGAUCUGUGUAGCCAAGGCUCCUCUUGUUUAUCCUGCUCAACCAGUGGUUCUCCCUUUGACGUGCCCAACUGCUGCAGCUGUGGAAGUGACAGGACUCCAUUAAAGAUGCUCUGUGAGAACAUGAAGAGGCAAAUUGUUUCAAGGGCAUUUUAUGGAUGGCUAGCAUACUGCCGACACCUCUCUACAGUCCGUACACACCUAUCAGCCCUUGUGAAUCACACCAUCAUUCCUCCUGACAAACCAUGUGAAGCCACAGGUGGACUGACUGGAGAAGUUUGGAAUAAGUAUGAGAAAGAUAGGAAGAAUUACAAAAAAUUGGAACUGCUGAGACUAGUUUAUUAUGGAGGAGUCCAGCAUGAGAUAAGGAAAGAUGUCUGGCCAUUCCUCCUUGGACAUUACAAGUUUGGCAUGAGUAAACAGGACAUGGACCAGGUGGAUGAAGAUAUUGCUGCCAAGUACAGAAGUGUAAUGGCAGAAUGGAAGGCCUGUGAGUUGGUCGUCAAGCGAAGGGACAGGGAAACGCAUUCAGCAAUCUUGGCCAAAUUUUCAUCGGGUAGCAGCAUAGAUAGUCAUGUACAACGCCUGAUUCAUCAAGACUCCAGCAUCAGCAAUGAUGUCUUCAUUUCUGUUGAUGAAGUGGACCCGGGAGAAAAAGCCUUUAAAUUGGUGGAUGAUGUAAUGACAACAGUAGUAAACAUUGACACCCCAACUGCAGUAGUUGAAGAGAGACCAUUAAUGGAGUUUGACUCUCCUGAUUCUGGACUGCCUUCAUCAAGGAAUUAUUCUGUCACAUCAGGACACUCCCAAAUCCUUUCAAGUACUGAUGAUCAAAGUUUGUGCAUGGAAGAAGGUGUAUUGGCAGAAGAAGAUAACACUGAGUUUCGCAGAGUUGAAGAACAGAUGCCCAGUGCUAAUGAACCUGGUUCCAGAAGAAAAAAUGUCCUGCAAAAGGCUGAAGCUCAAGACUCGUUGUCAGAGGAACAGCUGUGCAGUCAGUUAGAUUUAAUAAUGAGUGAGGAGAGCAACUCAUCUUUCCCGUCUACAACGUACACGACAGAACUGAUGGAUGCUGUAUCAUUAAAUUGGCACCGGAUUGAUAAGGAUGUUCAGCGUUGUGAUAGAAAUUACUGGUAUUUUACUGCAAUCAACCUAGAAAGACUGAAGACUGUAAUGUGCAGUUAUGUAUGGGAACACUUGGAUGUGGGCUACGUUCAGGGAAUGUGUGAUCUCUUGGCACCACUAAUGGUUAUUCUGGACAGUGAGCCCCUGGCGUACAGCUGCUUUACUCAGCUAAUGAAGAGAAUGAAUCAGAAUUUCCCAAAUGGUGGUGCAAUGGAUACUCACUUUGCCAACAUGAGAUCCUUAAUACAGAUUUUGGAUUCUGAACUGUUUGAGCUAAUGCACCAGAAUGGAGAUUACACCCACUUCUACUUCUGUUAUCGUUGGUUCUUGUUGGAUUUCAAAAGAGAACUCUUGUACGAGGAUGUCUUUGCAGUGUGGGAGGUUAUAUGGGCAGCAAAGUUUAUCUCUUCAGAGUACUUUGUCCUUUUCAUUGCCUUGGCUCUGGUGGAAGUUUACCGUGAAAUCAUUCGUGAUAACAACAUGGACUUCACAGACAUUAUAAAGUUUUUCAACGAAAUGGCGGAGCGUCACGAUGCCCAGCAGAUCCUGAGGAUUGCACGUGAGCUGGUCUACAAGGUGCAGACACUAAUAGAGAACAAGUGACGGAACUAAGGGAGAGCAGGAAAUAGAUGCAGAUACUCAGCUUCCUCCUAGCAAGCUUGAGUGGGGAAUCUUCCUCCACCACCCAGAUGCCCUUCACCCCAACCCCUCUCCCUCUUCCCCCUGCAGCCACUCCAGUUUCCCUGCACUUGCAAAAUGAUGGUUCAGGAGAACGAGUUGGUCAUAUCUUCCCUACUUCAGAGGAUGUCAUGCACUGAAUUGAAAAUGCAAAUCGAGACCAGGAAUUUGCCAAAAAGUUGCAAUUUUAUCCCUGACUAGGUUAGAGAUCCUUUAACUUAAUGUAUAAAAUCACAUUUUCCUAUAAGUUCCUUCUCUGUCUUUGCCCACUCUUCAUUGUGAGUAUGUUUAAUUUCCUUAUUUAUUUUCUUAAACUCAGUGAGUGCCUAAAUGUUAAAUUUGUGGCAAAAAAAACCCUUUCACUGUCCACAUUAUAUUCUUGUACCCUCAGACUGACAGAUGGGUAUAUCUUAAACACUAAACUGGGAAUAAGUGGGGAUUUUCCCCCAGAUUUUGCAUUUGUGAAUUCACAGUGUUUUUUAACUUCUGCAGACUGCUUGGAUUUGGAUGGACUGGUGUAUAUUUGGAAUACUUUUCAAUUCGGAUCAAUCCGAUCUUAUGGACUAUUUUAGCAUGUUUACACCAAAAUAAGACUUGCUGUAUUUUAAUUUUAUGAAGAAUGUUGCCAAUGAUUCGAUGUUCUAUGAUCCUGUGUGUUUGUGUAAUUCUGAAUGCUCCCAAUAUGUUGGGAAAUAAUUUCCAUGUGUCAUACAAUAUUUGCGAUCCCUUCUUGAGGGCAUUUCAUGAUUCACUGUUAGUAUAUCCAUCAGUGAAUCUGGUUUGAGUGGAAUCAGUUUUUGUAUUUGCAGGUAACCAAACUUUUUGAGAUUCAGCAAAAGUCAUGUUUGCCAGUCAGUUCUCUCCAGGCUGCCAGUUAAUUGCAUCCUUGUCAUAUUUUCCAAUGGUUUGAAUCACCAUUGGGAAAUCUGGGCUAUGGACCUCCUCAGCCGCAUGCAGCAGAUCUCACUUUACGAUCAGUCACUGGGAUUUAAACAAGCACUGGGGUUUGUCGUCUCCUUCCCGUCACGUUAAAGUACCUCAACUUUGAGUGAAUUGCUUUCCAGUGGUCCAACCAGUUAAAAAUGCAGGAGAUUCUGUAAUCCUAAUUUAAUGACUUUGUAGUUUAUCAUGGGUGCUUUUUUUCCUUGCCAUCUUGUUCUCCCUUUUCCCUUAUUCCUGAAGACACUGUCUCCUUAUUCACAUGGUUUCAAAGAUUCUGACUCUGUUAAAUACCUCUCCUUUUGUCCAUUAUUAAUGUGUGAACCCUAAAAAGUUGCUAAUUAUUUGGUGUUUGGGUUGCACAGGGGCUGUCACAGCCAGAUCCAAUCUUGCCCUGACAUGAUGGUCAUUCAUGGCUGCACGAGUCACAGGAGGUAUCAAGAACAGCCAAUUUUUCUACCUUUUCCUAAUCUGACAGUGUUGAAGUCUGUUGUUCCAUCCCUACCUCCUUCGCCACAUUGAGCAUAGAUCAGGAAUAGAGCAGACUUUCCUGGUCUAGAAAGGCAAACCAUUCCCUAGAUAAACUCACUGAGCCAUCAUUUAAUAAGGCAUGGCAACCCCAUUGCAAUGACAGUCUCCUUGCAACACAAUUUGAAACCUCUUGUACAGAAAAUGAGAAGAAAACCUUGCAUCAUUUUUCUCUUCCUAACAUCAAAGAGAGAGAGAGAGAGCAUCUAUUGCAUUCUCACUCUAGGUGGCUCAAGUGGUAACUGCAUAAUAAUAGGUUAUUAACCUGGGACCAAGCUACCAAAUAGAAACUGUCACCAAUUACUGUGCAGGAAUCAAUUGUCACCUGGUGUGCCAUUGUGAUAAUCAUAAAACAUUCAAUGUAAAUAGAUUGCAACAAAACCUUGACAAAAUGUGCAGUUUUCCAAAAAACAUUGCAUGUCGUGUAAUUUGUGCCUGUAGGUUAUCAUCAGUUUCAAUGAGACUGCAUUAACUGUAGGAUUUGUGCAAAGCUACAGUCUGAGUAGUCCAACAGAAAGAAUGGGCAGUGAGUGCAGUUUCUCACUUUUCCUCUAAUUUGUUUCUUUUUGGCCCCUAGCUGCUUAUUCUGUUUUAUUUGGAAUGUAUAAUAAAUGUCAUGUUCACACGUUUAGACAAUGCCCCACUCUUUGGGCAAGAUGCUGUGCCAAAAUUAACACUUGACUUCUUAGACUUUGAAUUGAGACAUUUCAAAAAUCAAACAUGCAUAAUAUAUAGGGUUUUCUCUCCAUGCUGAGCAUCUUGUCUUUUUUUAAUGUUCAGCAUUACUGAUCACACUGAAGGAGGAAGACUCUGAACUGCUAUGUAAAUAACCAAUUUCAGUGACUUACAGUUUCCUGUAACACAAGCAUGAGGCCUUUUUGAUUUCAUGGCUGAUCUAUGUCAUGUACCAAUUAUUUUAUCAUUUAGAGUUUGUCUUAGUUUACAAUCAUUCCAUGACUUUGUCAACAAUAAGUUAUAGGCCGCAUCCAUGGGGUGAGAUGAAUGCAACAUGGCCAUGCAAAAUAUUUUUGAACCUGUCCAGAAACAAUUAUCUACGUUUUUAGGAAUUGGGUCAAAUUUGCCAAGGACUUUCUGUGUGGCUGUGUGAUAGACACAUGUCUUUUAUAUCAAUACAUUUGAGAAGGGAGUAAAUAAAAUCUGUUGUAUUUUCACAAAAUAAAUGCCAAAUAUAAAUUUUUUAUCACACUCAUUUAGACGCUGUGUUUUCACCUUGAAUUAGCCACUGUCUCUGUCUAAAAUCUACCUCAGCUAGUUGUGAUUGCGAUAAAUUUCUGGCUGUAAACAAAGCACUUUUUCAAGCAGUCAGCAUUCACACACUUGGAGAAUGUGUAUCCUUUUCUCCCCUUCAAUUUACUUAAGUAUUCCCUUUCUCACCUGAGCAUGGUGGUAUUUAAAAUCAGAAAACUUCUAUCUUACAUUCCUACAUAGUCUUUGAAGUGUGGAGGAUUUCUUUUUCUUCCCCCUGUUGUCCUACUCUUUCUUUAAAAAAAGUUCAUUGACCUACCAGUAUAACUUCUGUAGGAAAUCAGCCUCAGAAAAUAAGCAUCGAUACCUGUUUUUCCAGGAUGUUUGAUAAUAGUCUGACAUUGAAACAUUGAUGAAUUAAAGCAUUACAGUGCACUAACUUUCAUGCAUGUCAUAGCACACAGAGACCGCUUGUAGCUGUUCAUUUACAUCCUGUGAGUGGGAACAUUUAUUAUAAAUAUAUUUAUUGGUAACCAGGAUAAUUUCCCACCCUGUUGCAGAAUUUAAUUGAAGGCAGAAACUGGCUAAAGGUGCUGGCUUGUAAUAAUAACUUUGUAGGGAGUUCUACAUUAAUGUUUGGGAUGAGGAGAGGGUAGAAGGAUGUAAAAUUGUCAUUUUUGCUCAACUUUUCCAGUGAGGUCUAGAGUAGAAUCCAACUGACACUGAUUAAAGAUAUAGGGGCAGCAAUUCUUGAAAAGUGCUUUUUGAACUUUUUUUAUCCCACUGCUGCUGAUUAUUUUAUUGAGAAAUCCACUGGUAAUUUGGUCAAAUUGGACAUCAUCAUAAUCAAGGAGUGAAGAGAAAAUCUUGUAUAUUAUCCAAAGUUGGUUUUUAAGAGCCUGUGAUUUAUAGACUGAAUAGAAGAACUGAAGGAGAUCAGGUGUUUCGUGACUUGGCAAAGAAUGAGUUAGAAUUGAAGGCAGUUUGAUGUAAAAUGCAGAUUCCUACAUUCUAUUUCCCCUGGAAUUUUAUGCUCCAUAAUUAACAUGCCUCGUUAUACAGUAAGAAACACUAAUCUUGACAAAAUAUCUGACAAUAUGUAGACAGUAUUUUGUCAAAGAGUAUCAAGGAGGAAAAGUAUGUAAAUGCCAUUGAGGUGCCAAUCAGCCCCAAUAAAACUGAACAACAGUGCAGGCUGGAAAGCUUGAAUGGCUCGUUUCUAAAAUAAAGUAAUCAUAUUUUAAUAAGCAGGUUUAUAAUUGGAUGCUAAAUGUAAGUAACUUUUUAAAAAAACAAUUAUGAAAUAAUUGCGAAAUACUUUCUUUCAAAAUACAUCACACAAUGGGCUGUAAAUUAUUUUAUGAAAUGAGCAACAGCUCAUUUCUUCAUCAUCAAGUCCAGAAUUUAAAAUGUAGGAUUCUGAAGUUUUGAGGCAUGUGAUUUGUGAAAACGAUUUUAUUCGGUGUGUUGUUUAGCCCAACAACUUAGAUUUAGGUAGCACCUUUCACAUGGUAUGAAAAGUCAACGUACUUCAUUAGAGAAGAAAGCAGAAGUGUCUUCUUGCUUAUCAUUGAGAAAUUUCACCAUGUACCUUCAAACUUUUACUGUUUAUGAAGUAUAUAAAUGCUUGGCUUCUGUUUUAAACCUUGUUGAAGCAAUGAUUGUGUUCUAUGAUUAAACUUCAUGUAAGAUUCUGUUGUAGGUACUGUACAUACCUAACUUGUAAAAUGUCAGUGUUACUCUGCUCUAUUUAUUGUAUUUUGUUUGUGUUCUGUUGCAAACAGCUGACACCUGUUCUAAAAUUAUUAAGGAUUUCUUUCAAUUUGUAGCUGUCAACUAAGAAGAGUUAGAACUCUCGCACUAGCUUUCUCCCUCAAAAAAAGCCUUUUCAUUUCAAAUUGGAGUUGCCACUGGUUAAUGACUGGUCAGAGUGGUGAUGGACGGUCUGGUCAUGUGGAAUGGUAACCUUAGUUAGCAUCUUCAGGUUGGAAGAGGAAAGUGUUGAGGAGGGAGUGGUGUGAACAAGAAAACCCCACCACUGAAUUUGCGGUCAGUCAUAGUUGGUACCUCCAGUAGAUAUUGAACAUUCGGCAACAGGGACUUAUAACUGAGCAGAUUGUUGUAUUGUCAUCAGUGUCUGAUACAGCUCACUCCAGGACUGCAUUGUCUGACACACAAAGCUGUGGCUGAGCCUUUUCUGAUAACUAUUUCAUCAGCAUUUUGAAAGUUUUGUGUGUUUCACACAACCUGUACUUGUCUGCACAAUCAAGUUACUAAGGAUUUUGCUUUCAAGCAUGUGAAAUUGUCAGCAAAAGCCUCAAACAGGAUCCCCCUCUGUCAAGAGUAUUUUGGAACUAGAAGCAUUUUUAUCAAUAAAAUCUACUUUCUUUAAGCUUUUUCAUAAUUACCCCACCUUAAAACAGCUUAACCAUAUGAUAGUUAUGAUUAUUUACAAUUAAUGAAGAAUGUUCUACACUGCAGGACUUGGGAAGGGGAGAAACAAAAGCUAUUGUUCACAGCACCAGUAAUUUUCCAAAGGGCAUAAUUUGCUGUAGGUUUCUAAAUGAAAUAUAUGCUAAGUUUGUUCAAAAAGCCUGGGAAUGACUGUAUUAUAUUGCUGUGUGAACAUUACAUAAAAUUGCAUCAUAUUUAUUUGCUAUUUUGAUGGGGGCAUUGGAUAUGAGAGCACUUGUAUGGAAAGGAUGAAUUUGUAUGCUGAUGUACACACACAGUGUAAUUUCUAAGUGAUCAUUUCUUCCCCCAACCUCAACCAAAACACGAAUGUUACAAAUAUAUCUGAAGCUUGCACUGCCUUUGAAUUGUGGUUGGGAUGAUAAACUCUCACAGCAGUGAAUCAAUGUGUGCAACUCUCGUUCACUUGGUACCUAUAUUAUGUUGUACAUGUAUUGCACCUUAAACAUUGUGAUGCGUUAUUUAUUUAUUUUUGGAUUUUUUUUUCU